UGGCGGUGUGGGGGUUCCGUGGUCCGGGGGUCCCCGCUUCUCUUCUUCCUAUCUUUGGCUCUCUGACAGUGUCUCCUGAGACCUCAGCUCAGAGCCGCGCGGGCGUUCCCUCCCUCAACCCAGGUACUCAUUAAUGAGUGAAGGAUCAAAAGGUGGGACGGUGGCCAAGAAGCAAUGGAGAAUAAAAGUUUAGAAGGUUCCCCAUCAGACCUAAAGUUAGUGGCUCAUCCGAGAGCAAAGAGUAAAGUGUGGAAGUACUUUGGGUUUGAUACAAAUGCAGAAGGAUGCAUAUUACAGUGGAAGAAGAUCUACUGCCGUAUUUGCAUGGCACAGAUUGCCUAUUCAGGGAACACGUCCAACCUUUCCUACCACCUUGAGAAAAAUCAUCCUGAUGAAUUCUGUGAGUUUGUGAAAAGUAACACUGAGCAAAUGAGGGAAGCCUUUGCCACAGCAUUUUCAAAAAUCAAGCCGGAGUCAUCGCAGCAGGUUGUUCAAGAUAGCCUCAUCAUGAAGACCUACCAGAACUAUGAAAACAAAAAACAUCAGGAACUGACAUCUGCAGUCAUCAGCUUAAUUUGCGAGGGCAUGUAUCCAGCCUCCAUUGUCGAUGAACCUACCUUCAAGGCCCUCUUGAGAACAGCGGACCCCAGGUAUGAACUUCCAAGCCGGAAGUACUUCUGUACAAAAGCAAUUCCUGAAAAGUACAGUGCUAUUAGAGAAAUUGUGCUGAAAGAGCUCACUGAGGUUCUGUGGUGUGGCAUAUCCACAGACAUGUGGAGGAGCGAAAACCAGAACAGGUCGUAUGUAACUGUGGCAGUUCAUUUUCUCAGCAGCAGUCCUGCCAACUGCCUGGCUGUGAACUCGCGGUGUUUGAAAACAUUCGAAGUACCGGAGGAUAACACUGCAGAGACCAUUACACGAGUCCUUUAUGAAACAUUCAUUGAGUGGGGGAUCAAUACAAAAGUCUUUGGUGCUACAACAGAUUACAGUAAAGACAUUGUAAAAGCUUGCUCUCUCUUAGAUAUUCCCGUACAGAUGCCUUGUUUGGGGCACACUUUUAACGCAGGAAUACAACAAGCUUUUCAGCUCCCCAAACUGUGCAACCUUCUUGCCAGGUGCCGAAAACUGGUGGAGUAUUUUCAGCAGUCUACGGUCGCAAUGUACAUGCUGAGUGAAAAGCAGAAGCAGCAGAAUAUUCUCCACUGCAUGCUGGUAAGUGACCGUGUUUCCUGGUGGGGAAGCACGCUCGCUAUGCUGCAGCGCCUCAAGGAGCAGCAGUUUGUCAUUGCGGCUGUUCUCGUGGAGGACAGCAACAACCACCACCUCAUGCUGGAAUCCAGUGAGUGGAAUACAAUCGAAGGGCUGGUGGAGCUGCUCCAGCCUUUCAAGCAGGUUGCAGAGAUGAUGUCUGCUUCAAAGUACCCGACGAUAAGUAUGGUGAAGCCACUUCUCCACAUGCUUCUGAAUACCACUCUGAACAUCAAAGAGAAUGAUUUGAAAGAAAUCAGCAUGGCAAAGGAGGUGAUUGCUAAAGAGUUGUCAACCACCUACCAGCACACACCUGAGAUAGACAUGUUUCUCAAUGUUGCAACUUUCUUGGAUCCCCGCUACAAAAAACUGCCUUUUCUUUCAGCCUUUGAGAGGCAGCAGGUGGAAAACAGAGUGGUGGAAGAAGCAAAAAGCCUGCUGGAGAAAGUAAAAGAAAAUAGUUUUAGAACUGAGGAGAAAUUCUUCACUGUUUCAGAAGAGCCCCCUAUGAAAAAAAUCAUCAUCUCCUCUACUCCUCCUCCUACCAGUGUCAUCAACAACAUGCUCGCAGAGAUCUUUUGCCAAACAGGAGGCGUGGAAGACCAGGAGGAAUGGCAUGCUCAAAUCGUUGAGGAGUUGAGCAACUUCAAGUCACAAAAGGUCCUCGGUUUGAAUGAAGACCCGUUGAAGUGGUGGUCUGACAGACUAGCACUGUUUCCAGUUUUACCAAAGGUUCUUCAAAAAUACUGGUGUAUUCUGGCCACAAGGGUCUUCCCUGAACGCCUUUUUGGUUCUUCUGCUAAUGUUGUGAGUGCGAAGAGAAACCGGUUAGCCCCGGCUCACGUGGAUGAGCAGAUCUUUUUGUAUGAAAACAGUCGCAAUGGGUCUGAGGCAGAACCGGAGGACGAAGAUGAAGGAGAGUGGGGUUUGGAACAGGAACAGAUUUUUAAUUUAAAUGACUCAGUAAACAUAAACAACAGUUUCUUUAAUAUUCGAGACAGUGGGUUUGUUUAACAGGACUGCUGUGGUACAUUUAAUGACAAAGAAAAGAGGUAUUUGUCUUAAGUUACCAAAAAUUCUUCUGUUUUAUGCUAUGAAUGCUGUAAAUAUUGAACAGUUGUAACAAACUUGAUUUAGCUUCCAUUGUCUGUGUUUUUCCCACUUAAAACAUGAAUGACUUGUGAUCAAACAGCACUGAAAUGAAUGAGGAAAUAAAUUCUACAAAGACCAUGA